AUCCCAGGAUCCUGGGAUCGAGCCCCGCAUUGGGCUCUCUGCUCAGUGGGGAGCCUGCUUCCCUCUUUCUGCCUGCCUGCCUCUCUGCCUACUUGUGAUCUGUGUCUCUUAAGUAAGUAAAUAAAAUCUUAAAAAAAGAAUAAAAUAAAAUCUAUGGUGUUUUAUUUUAACUGAGCAAAUUUUUCUGCCUUUAUUGUUUCUGUAUGCAUCCUGUCAAUUUUAAACAUUUCCCAUAAUCUUAUUUUUUACAGAAUUGACUUUCUUUUGAAAGGGUUUUGGUUUAAAGAUUGUUGAUAGAACCACUAUACAAUAACAAGAUUAAAUUCUAUAUAUAUGUGUGUAUUAUCGGGCAGGGCUAAUCAGGAUAUGCCCAGAUAUGCCCAUAUAUAUAUAAUAUAUAUAUGUGUUUGUAUGUAUGUGUUUAUAAAACCUAAAUCCUUGAUUGUCAAUUGCCAUGAGGAUUUUCCAUCUAGUGUACAUGGAGGUAGUUUUUAAUGAUUGAAUUUCAUUUUUAUUUUUGGUGGAUAGACCCUAAUUUUGCUAAAAGACAUGACAGCUGAUCUUCAGAUAUGGCUUGAUGCCUAUAUUGAAAAACUACUUAAGAAUAAAAUAUAUUCCUGAACAGAGAUCAUGGCCUUUGUUAGAAACUGCUGGGAUAAUCUUACACUGCCCCGAAAUGACCUGGGAAAGCCAGAGUCUUAGUCCUGCCACUCAGUGGUAGAUUGAAGCAUUUUGCCCAAAAAAACUAGGUACUUGAUUUUGUUAACUUUGUUUUUGGAGACUAUAAAUGCAAAAAAAAAAAAAAAUUAUAAUGUUAUAAUAAUCUGCAGUAUUUUCUAGCAUCUGCUAAAAGACUAUUAUUCUUAACAUGAAGUGUAUCUUCAAGAUAAUAGCAAUUACAGCCAUAGAAAAAGGACUUAAUAAGCACUACCUUACAAAUCUGGAUAUGAGAACCUUUUGAAAUUUUCUUGACAUGUGCUUGAGUCUCAUUUUCCUUAGAACGUGUUACUGAGUUGAAACCAUAUUCAAAGGCUAGGUCGAUUGAUCCCCUGUAAAAUACACUUGAAGGUUAAGUAAUUACAGAGCUCGGCUAAUCCCAUGUAAUCUGCUGUUACUAAAUGGCUGUUUGUAUUCCUGGCACACCAGUUUCUGAAGCUUAGGAUUUGGUUUUUACUUUUUGUUCAAAUAACCUCUAGAAGGAGCGAUGCGUCUUUCCGCAUGUUUGUGCAUUGUACUUAUUAGCUUUUUGGAGGGAGUGAGCUGUUCAUGUCCUUCACAGUGCACCUGCGAUUAUCAAGGCAGAAAUGACGGCACGGGAUCAAGGUCGGUUCUAUGUAAUGACAUGGAUAUGAACGAGGUCCCUAUGAACUUCCCCGUGGACACUGUGAAGCUGCGGAUAGAGAAGACUGUGGUCCGCAGAAUCCCCGCAGAGGCCUUCUACUACCUGGUGGAGCUCCAGUACCUUUGGGUGACUUACAAUUCCGUGGCCAGCCUUGAGGCCAGCAGCUUUUACAACCUCAAGCAGCUACAUGAGUUGCGCUUGGAUGGAAAUUCUCUGGCUGCUUUCCCUUGGGCGUCUCUGCUGGACAUGCCCCAUCUGAGGACCCUGGACUUGCACAACAACAGAAUAACCAGUGUGCCAAAUGAGGUGGUCAGGUACCUGAAGAACCUUGCCUACUUGGAUUUAUCGAGCAAUAGGCUGACCACACUACCACCGGAUUUCCUGGAGAGCUGGUCCCACUCACUUACAUCAUCACGGAGCUUGGAACUUACACCACGAAGAAUUGUUCUUGGUCUGCAGGACAACCCUUGGUUCUGUGACUGCCACAUUUCCAAAGUGAUCGAGCUGUCAAAAGUUGCUGACCCUGCUGUAGUGCUGCUUGAUCCUCUAAUGAUUUGUAGCGAGCCUGAGCGCCUGACAGGGAUUUUGUUUCAGCGGGCUGAGCUGGAGCAGUGUCUGAAGCCAUCUGUUAUGACCUCGGCCACCCAGAUCACAUCUGCCCUGGGCAGUAAUGUUCUGCUGCGGUGUGAUGCUACUGGGUACCCUACCCCACAGCUCACAUGGACCAGGUCUGACAGCUCACCAGUUAAUCACACAGUAAUUCAGGAAUCUCCAGGGGAAGGAGUCAGAUGGUCCAUAAUAAGCUUGACAGGCAUUUCUUAUAAGGAUGCUGGGGAUUACAAAUGUAAGGCCAAAAAUUUGGCUGGAAUGUCAGAAGCUGUGGUUACUGUGACAGUGGUUGGUGUUGUCACGACUACUCUAUCAUCAGAUAUCUCUGAAAGAACUAGAGAUCACCCUGAGGAAGAAGUCCAGCCAGGAUCUAGAGCUACGUCCCUACCUGGUUCACGGUCAUCUGCCUGGCCUUCUUCCUUCCCUUCCUUCCCCGCUUCUUCCAUUUUUCUUUCUACUUCUACUUCAUCUCCUCCCUCCGCUGCUUUCUUCUCAUCUGCUUUCCCCUCCUCCAUCAUGUCUUCAGUCACAACUCCAAGCAACAGAAUUUCAACAAGCCCCACCAUCGCCAGCCAGCAGUCACUCCAGCUCCACCCAGAUGGGAAAAGAAAUUUAAAGGUGGAAGUAGGUAGAGGUAAGCUUCCCUCAGCUAGUGCAAGUAAAAAAGAAGAGUUGGCAUCAGUGAAUCAAAUGACACCAAUGCAAAAGAAUGCCACAGUAGAAAAUCUCAGGAUAGUCCGUGAGACUGAAGAGAGUGUGACUUUGAUGUGGAACACCGUCAAUACCACACACCAGUCUGAGAUGACCGUGUUGUACUCCAAGUACGGUGAGAAAGAGCUGCUGCUGCUGAAUGCAGACUCCAGCAAGAAUCAAGUAACCAUAGAUGGCUUGGAGCCUGGUAGGGAAUACACAGCAUGUGUCUGUCCAAAAGGAGCAUCUCCCCAGAAAGACCAAUGUAUUACGUUUUCUACUGACAGAGUGAAAGAAGGUGAUUCUCAAGUGUCUUUCCUUGUCGUGGUGAGCAGUAUUGCCUGUGUUGUUGUUUUGCCAUUGAUUUUUUUCCUGUUGUACAAAGUCUGUAAACUGCAAUGUGGGUCAGAAUCUUUCUGGGAAGACGAUCUGGCAAAAGAAACUUAUAUCCAAUUUGAGACCCUGUUCCCCAGGUCUCAAAGUGUAGGGGAACUUUGGACUCGGAGGCACAGAGAGGAUUCGGAAAAAUUGCUGCUUUGUUCUAGGUCAAGUGUGGAAUCUCAGGUGACUUUUAAAACUGAAGGUUCAAGGCCAGAGUAUUAUUGCUAAAGUUUUACAACUUAGGGAUUGUGAAUGUCACAAAAUUUCUUCCAUGCAGUUAAGGAUCUGAGGAUGUAGAUGACUUUUGUUCAGACUUUCAUAUCCUUUAUGAAAAUCACAAAUGGAGUGUUUUUAAUCGUGCUUAAAAAAAUACUAUGUGAGGGGCACCUGGUUGGCUCAGUCAGUAGAGCCUGCAACUCUUGGAGUUGUAAGUUCGGGCCCCAUGUUGGGUGUAGAGAUUACUUAAAAACUACCAUGCGACUUCUAAACUGAAAAAAUAAAUAGUUUUGGUUUUUGUUGUGUGGAAGACUUCCAUAGAAAUAAUUUUUAGGGUAGUUCUUAAUAAGCUAAUAGUAUGUUUUAGAGUAAUGUUUUAGUUCUUAAAAAUAAAUUCAUGUGAGAAUAGUUGUAAAAAAUUGAAGUCUGAAGUUUAAAAGAUAGUUUUUUGGGAAAUGAAGAAAGAUUAGUAUAACCAGCUAAGCCUUGAUGUUCAUUCACGUUUGAAGUGCUUUAUGGCAUUUGCUAUGGGUAUUCACUGCCAUUGCCUAGUGGGUGAGAGUGAGAAAGUACAAAAUUUUGCAUUCAUUAAAGUUAAAUCCAAGCCAAUGGAAAGGGAGGGCUCCAACUCUUGGUACCAUUAUGCAUUACAAGACUGUACAGUUGUAUUAAUAUUGCAAGAAAAAGUUUUCCUUUAUCAUUAAAAUUUUUAAGUAUUAGCAACAAGAAGUUUAAAAAGAGGAUCAUGAAAAUAGUAAGGCCAUUUCUAAAAAUAGUAACCACUGCAUCCUAAUACAUUUGCUAACAGACUGUAUGAAUCUUUUUUUUUUUUAAUUUAAUUUUUUUGUGUGUGUUCCAAAAUUUAUUGUUUAUGCACCUCACCCAGUGUGGAUCUUUAAAAAAAGAAAAAAAUACGUGCUCCUUUUGAAAAAAUCGCUGUAAUAUUAUGAUAUUUACUCUAUUCUUUCUGCUCCUUUUUUCUGUCUUUCCUUCUUUUUUUAGCUUCAGCUUUGUCAGAAGAUACUCAGGUAGCCAAAGGACCACAGCUAUUUGUCUUUUGCCAUGAUUGUCUUUUGCCAUGUUAUAUUUUGAUCUUCGGGCUAACAGGAAUAACUUGGAAGUCUUUUUUAGAGCUGAAAAGGAUGUUUUAGGAUUUUGAAGAACAGCUUCAAUGGAUUAAUGUGGUCAAAUCUUCUAGGUAAAAACAUCAGGGAUAUUGAACUGGAGUGGGGCACACAAAUAGGUAGAAAAGGGCUUCAUACAUAAAAUUUAGGUUUUUUUUUAGAAAAAAAGUUUGUGACUACCUUUACUAAAGAUUAUGUUCUCUUUAUUGGAGACUUGGGAAUACAGAACAGGUUUAUAAAGGUGUGUCAAAAGUCUUGAAAUAUUCUGAGAAGCAAGUUUCAAGAAAAUCCUAUAUUUUGCAUAGGCAAUAGAUUGGCUUCAAUGUAAUACAUUAUGAAAAUUACAAUACACGCAGCUGAACAAUGAAAAAUCAUUCAUUCCACAUGGCUCUUAAUUAAAAAGGAAGAAGAAUUCUAGUUUAGACAUAUUCUGUGUAUUAGGAGGAGGCCAGCAUAGACGGAUGGCCUGUCCAGAACUCUCAAAUGUCCUAUCUUGUAUAAUUUCCUCUCCUUUCUCUCUCUUUCCUUUCCAGCUUGUUUGUCCUUGGUGCUUUCAUCACUGAGUGCAUUGUCGAAACAUCUAACUGUUUUAAAUUCAGUAUGCAUUGUUAAGAUUUGUUAGAAAAAUACUUUUUUACAAUUUUGUGUCUAGCUUCAAAUUCUGUUGAGAUCAAUGUAUUUUAAAUUAAAAGACUGCAAAAACUUGCAUUUCUUUACUCUACAGACAUCAUGGAAUUCACUGCCAUAUUUAAAAGGUUCAUAUAAACAGACUGCCAAAGCACUACCAUGUUAGAAAUAAUGACUACAGGAGAAUGUUACGGACUACUGUGGCAGGUGGCCCCCAAAUUGUAUAAAAGAGGGUUAUCUGUUGAGAAAGGAGACUUGGCCCACCCUGAUGAGGUAAAUUACUGAUGGUCCUCAUAACCAAAAGUCUGCACUUAAUUUUGACCAAAGAGGAGAAGCUAGUUCCUGGUGUGGAGAAGAGAAGGCACUUCUGUCAUCUACAACUUGGUCUUGGCCCAUGAAGUAAGUCCUAAGGAAUGUGUUACUAAUAGUGAAAGAACUAAAAUUGUAAACCAGCUACUUUCUAAAAAUACAUACAUUUGAGGGUAGGCAAAUGAUAUCUGAUGAUAUCACUGCUCUUAUGUUCUUACAAGUAUGCUUUCCUGAGGGGGAGGAAAAGGUUGAUGUAAGCAAGCAGCAUGGAAUUCUGCAUAAUCAACAGUCUGCCAAUGUCACCACCACCAUUGUAGAGAGCAAUCAGAACUGACAUAUAGCCAAUAUAUGGGACAAUUGAAUAUGAUCACACUGCUUUACUUUCAGACAAGAUAUAUUAGACAUUUGUAAAACAUGGGUAAAUGGUGAGGGUGUGUCACCUGGGAGACUAUCACGAAUGAUGUGCUAUCACAUAAAACAUGUUGAGAACUCCAAGCUCAUGGUUUAUGAGGGCUGCCAAAGAAAAUGCUGGACUUUAGAGUCUGACAAGUCCCCUAGAUUUUGGGAAAUUUUUACAAAAAGUUCAAAGACAAAAGAUUUUUGACCCAUAGACUUGAGUCUCAAAAAGGGAUUAUGGCUAACAAAGGGAGAUGAUAAAAACCCAAAACCUUUUAGCUGAAUAAUUGUGAAAUAAUUUAAAUAAAACAGACAGGGAAGUUAAAUGGCUGUCUACUCAUCUGAGUAGACAGUAAUAUAUGUAGAAGGUAUAAAGAAGGAAGAGUGAUCGAGGUGAAGGUAGAAGUGUAGCAAUCUAUUAUGAAAGCACCAUAAACUAAAGGCCCCAAUAAACAAGAUAAAAAAUAUGGUAAAGUUGACCAGAAGGAACUGGAAGGCUUUUAUGUUGUUGUUAAAAAGAAAAAGGAAAUAAGAAGUCUACUGUUUAGAGAUGAUAAGAGAAAGUAUAUCAAAGAAGUAGCAGAAUCAUUCAACUCCUAUUUUUUCUUCUCUUUUCUAAAUGGGUUUUUCAACUGAAUAUGGCGAAGAAACUAACUGAAGUGAAAAUUCUAGCCCAAGGUAAGUAAGAGAUUAGUAAACUAAUUCCAGGAUAUUUUCAAUGAGGCCAGAUAAAUUACCAGGGUGGUAACAAAAUUUUCAGUCAUAAUCUCAGAGCUACUGUUUAGCAGUCUUUGAAAACUCACAGCAAAUAGGAGAGAGACCACAGACCAUAAGUGACUAACUUUCAUCUUUAUUUUUGAAGAGAAGAAUAGGGUGGGUUCUAGAAAUUAGAGGCAACUUGAUUCAUGCAUGUAGGAUUGACAACAGAUUGUUAAAAGGCUUGAUUUUGAGCAUGCAGAAAUGAAUGUUAUGGUCAUUAGCAGCCAACAAAUGUCAACUAAGGAGAAGCUUUAAUAAACCAGUAUGGCUUAUUUUUUUUAUGAGGUUACUAGGCAGACAUCAAAGGACUGCUUAAAAAUCAAAUAGUAGCUAGCUAUGUUAUUUGUCUUGCCUUGGUGGAGUAAUAAGGGUUGCUUCCUCUCAAAAAUGUCUAGUAAUGGCUUUAAAUAACAUGAGAAAGUGUUUGUUAGGAUGCCUUUCCCCUAUUUCCCAUUUUUGUAAAUGACUGGAUGAACACAGACUUCUCAGCUUUGCAGAGGACAUGAAAAUAGACAGGGUAUCUUAUGUUGGUGCUUCUCAAACUUUUCCACAGAAUAUUCUUAAUGGAAGGGGAAAGUAAACAUGUACAUCUGAGAAACCAGGGCAAUUAUCCUAAGUGGCUGCCAAAAGAGAGACAUUUCUCUGAAUUAUUUUGUCUUAAUUAAAAACUAUGUGAAUUUCCACUCUAUUUCAUAUUUUUAAAUUUAUUUUAUUUUUCAGUGU